ACAAAAACAUAACCUCGAAAUUUGACAUUUGCCCCCGCGCUUCGGUCACGGUCAAUAUUUUAAAAUUCUUUUGUUUCUUAAAAAGAAAAGAAUAAAUGUAAUUUAUUAAAUUUUUGGUUAACGGGAAAAUCGUUUAAUAAGGGGAAAAAGUUAAUUACUUUAAAAAAAAGGAAAAGAAUAAAAAAAAAAAAAUGUUAAAGAAAAGUUUGGCAAUGUUUAGACCGGUUUGUUGUGGUCAAUUUCGAUUUUUGAGUAAAGUUGCAACAAAACAUAAAGAAAAAUUGGAUGAUAAAAUGCAAGCAUGGCAAAUUCAUUGCUAUGGAGGCAUUGAUGAAGUGAAAUUAUUUACAACAAGAAUGCCGGUUAUUUCAAGACCUAACGAUGUUCUUGUUAAGGUCGAUGCUUCUAGUGUUAAUCCUUUUGAUUUGGCUUUAACCAAAGGCUAUGGAUCGAAAGUAUUAAAUUUGAUGCGAAAAGCAAAAAAUUUUGAAAUUGAGUCCGAUAUUGAAUUUCCAUUGACUUUGGGCAGAGAUUUUUCAGGAACAAUUGUAUCAAAAGGUCAUGGAGUUGGAGAACGUUUACAAUUGGGUGAUGAAGUUUGGGGUGUUAUUCCCGUUGAACAACAGGGAUGUCACGCCGAAUAUGUUGUCGCCAAUUCUUCUUUGGUUAAUCUUAGGCCGCAAAAUAUUUCCUACAUUGAAGCAGCAAGUAUUCCUUAUGCGGGAUUAACCGCAUGGUCGGCACUUUGGUUUUCCGGUGGUUUAUAUUAUAAAACGGGAAUUGCCACUCGACGAAAUAAAAGAGUAUUGGUUAUUGGAGGCGCUGGAGGUGUUGGAACAUUAGCGAUUCAAAUGUUGAAAAUUUGGAAUAUGCACGUGAUAACAACUUGCAGCAGUGAUGCGGUGAAUGUUUUAGAAAAAUUGGGAGCCGAUGUUGUUAUUGAUUAUAAAGAAAAUAAUGCUGACGAAAAAAUUAUUUGCGAAGGACCUUAUGACAUUAUUCUCGAUUGUGCAAAUCAAGGACCGGGUGCAGUAAAAGCGAAAGGAUAUCCACAUUAUACUUAUAUAACAUUAAAUUCUCCAUUGUUGAAAAAUAUCGAUGAACGUGGAUUUAUUGCCGGUACUGUUAAAAAUGUUGGCGAUUUUGUUAAAUACAAUAUUCCAUCGCAGGAUAAUAAAGGAUUUGUUAAAUGGGGAUUUUUUACACCUUGUAAAUCUGGACUCGAUGCAAUUCAAAAAUUCGUUGAAAACGGCCAGCUUAUUUCCGUUGUGAAGAAGGUUUAUCCAUUUCAAGAAUUACCUCGGGCCUAUGAACGUGCAGCACAAGGACAUCUUCGAGGAAAAUUAGUUAUCGACAUGAGAUAAGUUUUUCGUUAUCAAUAUAUUAUAUUAUUUAUAUUUUUUUAUUAUCAUUAUUAUUAUUAUUAUUAUUAUUAUAUUAAAAAUAUAUACAUUUUUUUUUUAAACUAAAAAUUAUCAUUUAAAAAUAAAUCAUUUGAAAUUUGAA